AUGAUAUCGUUGAUUAAACGUAUUUACACGGCUCUGAAUCCCCCGGCAGUUGAGAAGAAGAGCGAUGCUAUCAGGUUCGGUAUCCUGGGUGCGGCAAAGAUUGCCCCUAUGGCACUAGUAACCCCAGCAAAGUCGCAUCCUGAAGUCAUUGUGCAAGCAAUAUCUGCCAGGGAUCGUGCCCGGGCUGAAGAGUUCGCAAAGAAGCACGGAAUUCCGGAUGUGAGGGACUCAUAUCAAGAUAUCCUUGAUGACCCAAAUAUCGACGCCAUCUUCAUCCCACUACCCAACAGUCUGCAUUUUGAGUGGGCUGUCCGCGCUAUUCGUGCCGGAAAACAUGUCCUACUCGAAAAGCCAUCAGUCUCAAACUCGAAAGAAGCCGAGAUCCUUUUCAGCCUACCGGAACUAUCCCAGCCCAACGCUCCAGUCCUUCUAGAAGCCUUCCACAACCGAUUUUACCCCGCUGUCCACCUAUUUCGAUCCUUCAUCAACCCCUCCGAGGUCGUACACGUCCACACUGACUCCAUGAUUCCGUCGUUACUGACUGCCAAAGGUAAUAUUGAAUUCAACUACAGUCUCUCCGGCGGCAGUAUGAUGAUGGUAGGGACAUACAAUUUCGCCAUCUUGCGUCUCAUUUUCGCCGACGAGCCGGAGGAAUGCUUGUCCUGCGAAACGACCAUUUUCGGUGACGGCAUUCAUGAUAAAUGUGACUAUCAUUUUGAGGCCAGAUUCCGCUUUCCGAACGGUGGGAUAGGCGAAGCUACGACUACGAUGAGAGGUCCAAUCCUAUGGAAGCCAUCAGAAGCUAGGGUGACACACAAGGAGGUCGAGAUUCAAGACAAGACACUUUCAGCCAGUCAGGAGAAAUUGAUGACCCGAGAGGUCACGAUACACGGCUUCUUGCAAUCUGUUAUUUGGCAUCGCAUCGACGUAAGAGACUGCUACGUAAUUCGCAACAAGACAGAUCGUCAACCGGUCAAGAAAUGGAUCGAGUCAAAAUCAUACAAAGCUUAUAGUUUCAAAGAAGCUGGCGGCGACUUUGCGGACUUUCCCGGCGAGGGCUGGUGGAUGUCAUAUCGCUAUCAGCUCGAAGAGUUCGUGAAUCGUGUCAAGGGUCGGCGGACUCAAUAUUGGAUCAGCAGAGAGGACUCUAUCAAGCAGAUGAAGAUGAUCGAUAUGGCUUAUGAGAAAAGUGGCUUAGGAUUACGGCCAACGAGUUCUUUUAGAUAA